AUGGCGGGGCCACCGCCCGGCCCGCCAGCGGCACUCACGCUGCCAGCCGGCGUAUCGAACGAUGAUGCGCUGGACUACCUGGACAAGAACCUCACAUCUGAUCUGCUUCAUAUCCUCCAGGAGUGUGGAGUGCCCCUCGCUCUGCAGUACAAAUUGGGGAGUGAUUUCAAGAAUGUGAAGAGGUUUGCAGCAUAUGCGGAUUCACGGACCGGGGUGCGGGAGGCCCUAAAAACAGAUCAUACCCUGGAACCUGCAGAUCAAGUGACACGUGCGGCUGUUGCAUCAGUGGUUUCAGCAUGGGAGUCAUGCAAGGAGUACAGUUCGAAGGAAUCUGAGCUACGUGCAGAGGCCAAAGUUCUUGGGAUCACGAGACCGGUUACGCAGACAGAACGUCAAGCCAUGCGUGCAUCUUUUGAGGCAACAUAUGGUAAAGUGGAGGAGAGCUUUGAGCCUUCAGACGACUAUGUUUCCACGAAGAUGGAGGAGAUCGAGAAUGGGGAGUUGUCAGCGUCGAGCCUUUCAGAAGUUACAAGCCGGAAGCAAGUGAAGACCAUGGGGUUACAAACUUCAGUGGACACUGGGGGUCAUGUGCGGAUCGUCAAGCAACGCGCUAAGGGGGUGAUGCCUCAGAACACUGAGGAGCUUCGUGCAGUGCUGCGUGUUGAGGGGACGGCUUUCUGUUAUCUGGCUUCCAAGUAUCGCAACAAGGUGCUCUUCACAGGCAUGAAUCCUACGAUCUGGUUGGACUACGCGAACUAUCUGCUGGGGGAGAAAGUCUAUCGUAUGCAAAUCCCCACAGGCAGCAAGGGAUCCGGCAAGCAGGAUCAAAUGACGCUUCGACCACCAUGGACCGUCAUGCUGACGUAUGAGUACGAAUUACGCAAAGAAGCCAUCAAGCGUGCAGUUCGAGAAUCCAGAGAGCUACGAGUUACGCUCAAGGAGGUGUGCGAUGAUCCACAGCUGAAAGAGCAAUUCUUUACGGCGCCCAUCGCUCUGGGAGGACAUCGGAUCAAAGGGGAUGGCUGGAAGGGCGAUGGUUGGAAGCGUCAAAACGCUUAUCCCGACUAUGGUGGCGAGCAGCCAUGGAAGUGGCAGAAAGGAGGCUCAUUUGCUUUGCAUACUCAACUUCUGGUUGCGACGGAUCAUGUGGCAUGGUUCACUGCUGCCAAGUUCGGAGUUGUUUCGGUGAUCACCCAACCUGGAAGCACUGGCAAGAGCAUUUCGCGAAGUCGGGUAAGCAGACCGUACUUCCUUGAACGCUGGUGUGAUGCGCACGCCAUUGAAUUAAUUCUACGUGAGGUUGACGUGAAGCGUUCGCCUAAUGAUGAUUUAUCUCAGUCCUCACUCUGGGAGAAUAUCUUCUCGGAGCUCCGUGCGGGACAAUGGGACAUCUUGAUCUGCAGCCCGCCUUGCGGCACGUACUCUCGUGCCCGACACCGAUCUGUCGGGAGCGGAUCCGGACCAGUUCCUCUUCGCAAUUGCAUGCAUCCAUGGGGUUUUCCUUGGCUUUCCGAAUCGAAUGCAGCUCUAGUCAAGAUUGCCAACUACUUUGUCAAACAAUGUUUGGAGGCGAUCGGAUAUCAAUGUGCAGCGAACAGAUUUUACAUCUGGGAACAUCCCGAGGACUUGGGUGUCGCCGAGACUGGGGAUGUCCCGGCAAGUAUUUGGCAACUUGCUGAAAUCCGAUCGCUCGAUGGUUUUACUUGGGCGGUUCACCAAUGCGCCUUUGGCGCCUUGCAUCCCAAACCAACUCGCUUCAUGUCCAAUCUUCCGCUGGCGGAACAGUGGUCCAAUGGCUGGCCCACCUUUGAUGCUGAUGGGUGCUACACUGGUCCUUUGACUUGGUGCAACCACGAUUGGCAUGAAUCCAUGAUGGGUUGGGACGUUUCCUCAGGCACGUGGCGCACCGCUGGAUCUGAAUGUUACCCACCUCUACUUUGUUCGCAUCUUGUUGAUUGCAUAACAUCUUCACAGAAACAGACCGAUCUUCCUGAAGCACCGGCCGAUGCUGAAACCUUGGCCCAGUCUCUCCUUCAUCGGGUGGAUGCCCUCGCACCCGACGACUUGCAGCCUCUUGCUGAACUCCUGCCCCGGGAAGCUACUCACAAGGCUGCUGGGCAUCAACGUGAAGGCGCUUUCUUCGCCGGGGCCUAUGCCCGGGGCGGUUUCGUGGGACUGCGAUCUUCAUGCCAUUCUUUCCCAUGUUCCAUCAAGGUUCUGACCGCAGCUCUUCGAGGCGCCUUUCCAGGACAAUGCUUCUCUACGCUGGUUGUUUUCACUAACACACUGACGGCACCUCACAAGGACGUGCGCAAUGCUCCAUUUCCCAAUUUGCUUAUGCCACUUUCCAAGUUUACUGCUGGGCAAGUUUGGCGGGAAGAUUCCGAGGGCGAUGUCUAUCGCACAGUGGCCGGCCAGGCCCGACCUGGUCGCUUGUUGGACGUGGCGGCUGGACCCUGUUUGCUGGAUGCCCACAAAUAUCUUCAUGCCACGGAACCCUGGCGCGGCUGCCGCAUCGUCCUCGUGGGGUUCACGGUUCGCCACCUACACCUUCUUUCACCUGAACAAGUUGCCUUGCUGGCCGCGCUGGGCUUCGUCUUGCCCGAUGCAGACCGCGCACGCAUGGGGGAACACGCUCCUGCAUCGGUCAUGGUACAAAAGGCGUCUGGGGCAGCCAAGGCGAACCCCUCGACAAAAGCCAGUCAAGAAGUGAUCACGGUGGAUUCGGGGGGAUGA